AUGUUUCCUGAAAUGGAAUCCACUAUUUAUCAUCAAGCAGCAAGCUCCUCAAAUGAAAGCGAUUCUGACAGUGAGGAAAAUGUCAUUGAAAAACUUCCAUUCAACUUAGCAAUGUUUGAUUUCGAGCAAUGUGAUCCGAAGCGAUGUACAGGAAAAAAGCUAGUGCGCUAUGGCUUUGUUAAAGUUUUAAAGCUGGGAACCAAAUUUCCUGGUUUGUUGCUUUCUCCGAUUGGCCAACGAACAAUUUCUGCUGCUGAUCUCAAUUGUAUAAAAAAGGGCGGCAUUGCUGUUGUUGACUGCAGUUGGAAUCAGGUCGCGGAUAUUAAUUUAAAUAAAGCUAGAGCUUCGCAUCAUCGUCUUUUGCCAUAUUUAGUUGCUACAAAUCCGGUGAAUUUUGGAAAGCCAUGUCAACUGAGUUGCGUUGAAGCAUUUGCAGCGGCCCUGUACAUGAUUGGUCUGAAGGGAAAUGCACAGUUACUCCUUUCGAAAUUCAAGUGGGGCCCCAAUUUUUUGAAAGUAAAUAGAGAUGUACUCGACGCAUAUGCAGCAUGCAAAGAUGGUGCAGAAGUUAUAGUCCGACAAAAGGCUUAUAUGCAACUACUUGAGAAAGAAGCAAAUGAAAUGAAGCAUCAACCAAUUGAUAUGCCAGAGUCAGAUUCCGAAAGUGAAAAUGAUGAUGCUGAUGAAAUUGGUGGUGAGUGCAUUAGCGGAAGUGGUGAUAAUGAUUUUAAAUAA